AUGUCAAUUUCUGGAACUCUGAGCAACUAUUAUGUGGACUCUAUAAUAAGUCACGAGAGCGAAGAUCCGACUUCAGCCAGGUUUUCCAAUGUACAGUAUUCCAACUCCAGGCAACCGGGGGGACAUGGCGAGCAUCCCGAAUUCCCCUCUUGUAGCUUCCAGCCUAAACCUCCAGUUUUUAGCUCGUCCUGGAGCCCUUUCAGCCCCCAUGCCUCCAAUGGCUUACCAGCGGUUUACCAUCCAUACAUCCCGACUCAGCCCGUGCCUUCCACCGACACCCGAUACAUACGCACUUGGCUCGACUGCGCUCCGCGCUCGGAGUCCCUCCCCGGGCAGGGACAGGUCAAGAUGGAGCCGCUACUGGGACACCUCGGGGAACCCCCCAAAAUCGGUGGACACGAGUACAUUUUGGAAUCCUCUUCGGCAAGAGAGAUGAAUUCCAGCCAGGGCUCCGGAUUCGAGGACAAUAAGGAUAUUUGUGAAGUUAGCGAAGACAAAGACGGGCCAGAUCAAAAUGACCCCUCUGCCAACUGGUUGCAUGCCCGGUCUUCCAGGAAGAAGCGGUGCCCUUACACGAAAUACCAAACCCUCGAGCUCGAGAAAGAGUUCCUCUUCAACAUGUACCUCACCCGGGACAGAAGGCAUGAGGUAGCACGCUCGCUGAACUUGACCGAGAGACAAGUCAAAAUAUGGUUCCAAAACCGACGGAUGAAAAUGAAGAAAAUGAAUAAGGACCAACCCAAGGAUUAA